AAAAAAAAAAAACUUAUUUUCAAGCGAUCAAAUAUACCUCUGAAAAAGAACUAUGAGCAUGAAUUACCCAAGUGUGGCGCCAACGCAGAGGUCGACGUCCUUUUUUAUAGAAGACAUUUUAUUGCACAAGCCCAAGCCGCUGAGAGAAGUCAUCCCCUCGCCCUUCUGCGGCUCCUUGGCCUCGCGGAUGCCGAUCCUGGAGUAUGGAUACCCGCUGGUGCCCACGCCGAUACUGGCCCCGCAUCCGCACCAUCCGCUCCACAAGCCAGAGCAUCACCAGUACUUCUUCACGUCUGGCAUGCAGAUACCGGGCUUGUUCCAGCACCACGCAGACUUACCGGGGAAACACUGCAGACGCAGGAAGGCCAGGACGGUUUUCUCUGACUCGCAGCUUUCUGGCCUGGAGAAGAGGUUUGAAAUCCAGCGGUACUUGUCCACGCCGGAGAGAGUGGAGCUGGCAACCGCUCUCAGCCUUUCCGAGACGCAGGUGAAAACGUGGUUUCAGAACCGGCGGAUGAAGCACAAGAAGCAGGUGAGAAAAGCCCAGGACGAGCGCAAGACGAGCCCGGGAGAGAUGGACAGAUCCGCGGACAACUCGAGCGAGGGCGAAUCGGCGGAGAAGAGCGUGGAUGGUCUGAAAGGUCCGCUGCUGGAGGCGAACACUUACCUGCUGGACGAAAACGACGAUGUUGAUAUCGAGGAUGAUAUUUGCUCUCCGGAUCAUCUUUUAUAG